AUGCGCGAACGAGUGCGGGACAGUAUGGAAGAGGAUCCUGCGGAGCAGGAGAAUUUGAUUUCUCAUCAUCUAGAGUCGGAUGAUCUAGGGAGGCCUGUCAUACGGUCGGUUCCAACGUGGGAAGAUGGAGGUGUGCAAGACGAGGAGCGGGGCGAGACGAUCGAGCAAAAGGUCGACGCGCAAAUGAACACAAACGACGAUAUCGACAAGACGGGGCGCCCAGAAUGGCUCGAGAAUAUAUCGCGACUGCCUCCGCGUACACGGCAUCUUAUUGUUGUGGUUGGAUUUGGUGUCUUGCUCGUGCUUGCGGCGGGUGCAUUUUAUUUUUCCAUGGAGCCGACCGAGGCGCCCGAGCCGGAAUACAAACCGCCGCAUCCCACGACCACAAACGUGGACGGCUUGCACAAGUUUCCUACUUCGAUAGGGUACCCAGGAACGUACGCAACGGGUGCUCCGCCAGAAUACGCUCAGUAUAUGCGCCCAGCGCCGUCCAAGACCCGUGGCGUCUCUCCGAUCCAGACCAAUAUCCCUAAUUUCGGCGACAAAUUUAACCCGUUCCAUCACAUGGGCCCAUUGAGCCCCUACUACUCUGCUUCGUUUGGAGGCGUCGACAAUGCCAAGUACCUCGUCACGCCAAGCACGUCGAAGGGUGUAUGCACUUUGGCUCAAGUGCAUAUCUUGCAUCGCCAUGGCUCGCGCUACCCAACCACGGGCGCGCCGACGGAGCUUGUACGGCAGUUUUUGAAGGAAAAGAAGGGUACGCUUUCUUUUGAUGGACCGCUUGCAUUCCUCAAUACGUAUACGUACCGCCAGGGCCGCGAGCUGCUCGUGCCGUUGGGACGCCAGCAGCUGCACAUGUCCGGUGUCAAGGCAGCGAUCGACUACGGGAUGCUUGCCGAGGAGGAUUUGAACAAGAACAAGAGAUUGUUUGUGCGCACCGGCAGUCAGCAGCGCAUCGUGGAUAGCGCGCUGGCAUGGGCUACUGGCUUCUGGGGCAAUUCCUGGGUGGACAAGACAGACUUUGAGGUUCAAAUCGAGGAACCGCACUUUAACACGACCAUGGCCCCCAACUUUGCCUGCAAUGCUGCCGCAGAUGCAUUCCGCAUACAGGAUUACGCCGACAAGUAUCUUGGGGGUGCCAUCGAACGCUUGCAGCAACACGUCAAGGGCGGCACACUCACUCCGAUGGUCUUGCAUGGAAUGCAGCAACUGUGUGCGUAUGACACAGUGGCGUUUGGGAACAGCGAAUUUUGCUCUUUGUUUACAGAGCAGGAAUGGCUUGCGUACGAAUAUACAUGGGACCGCAAGUUUUACGACUUGUACGGCCCAGGCAGUCCUGUCGGACCCGCCAUGGGCCUUGGAUGGCUGAAUGAACUGAUUAGCCGGAUGACACGCACGCCAUGGAAUAUUGAGACACAGUCCUCGGAGAACACCACGUUCAACACGGACCCACUUUUGUUCCCACUUGACCGCGCCAUCUACGCCGACUUUACACACGAUUCGGUCUUGACCAGCGUCAUUGCCGCAAUGCGCUUCAGCGACUUGGGCAAGUUGCCGUCGCUGGACGACAAGCAGCGUGCAUUCCGCUCCUCCCUGGUCGUCCCAUUUUCUGCGCGCAUGGUGUUUGAGGUGUUUGAUUGCAAAGGCAGUUUGGACAACAAGGAUGCGCACGAUACUUCUUACGUACGCAUGAAACUCAACGAUGCAAUUGUGCCGCUAAAGCAGCUGUCGCAGUGUGAGGAUCGCCCUGACGGUUUGUGCUCUAUGGAUAAAUUUCUGGCCUCGCAUGCAGACCGCAACGAGCAGGGCUGGUGGGCACGCUGCCAGGUAUGA